AUGUUGGAUCCUCUCCACUUUCCACCUGUAACCCUAUCUCCGGGGAUAACCACCGCAACAAUGGCUGAUAAGACACUUGCGGGAAACGAUCUUAUGCAGGAAGAUAACAAUCGAAAGAGGAAGAGAGACCUGACCUCUGAGGAAAACGUAGGAAAGGAUACAAGAAUGGUUCUUUUGCCCUUCGAGAAGAAUUUACCAAUUUGGAAGAGAUUUGAAACAAUGGAGGUUUUCAAAACAUUCCCUCAUUUCAAGCCAUUGUUGGAGACUAGAAAAGAAUCUCGUGAAAAGUAUGCGGUUGGUAUGAUGCUUACCUUUUCUAGUUUACUAGAAGCAGUCAAAGAUGUGCAACCCGAAGAUCCCAUAAGCUCACUAUCUAGCCUCAGUGACUCCUUUGCUGAGUUACAGAAAUACGGCUUCGAUGUAAAAGUACCCGAGUUGCAGAUCAGUAAGCUCUUGUCUCUCAGAGAUUGGCAAGCAGAGAAACUGGAGGGUGCCGAGAAAGACAGGAUAAAGGUUGAGAAGGAACACAAGAUUCUCGAGCUGCAAAGGCUGAAUGAGGAGGCUGUCAAAGAGAUAGAUGAGAGUCAGUCAUGUGAAGCAAUGGAUUUACAUGAUCUUGAAGAUUUCUUUUAA